UCAUCAAACUCAUCUCUCGUUCAUUCAUUGAUGUUAAACAAACAGUAAUCACGUUACAAAAUUCAACUGACACCGUUCUCAUCCAUCUUCAUCGAAACUCGAAACUCGAAACCCUAACCAGCUCCUUCUCACUCGCUGCUUCUGCAUCUUCAGAUCCCAUCGACAAGAAACACACUGGGACCAGGGACACUUAAUGAUAGGAUUUGCAACUUCUGCAUAAGCUUUUUUUAAUAGAAUGGAUCAAGUGCCUGAGGCUGAUGUGUCUAAACCACCUCCUGUGAAAGUCCCAUCUAUGACACCUCCUUCUAAAGAGGAUGAUGGUCAAACUUCUGCUUCUAUAGCCUCUGGACAAGAUAAUUCUGCCCGUGAAGCACCAUCUAAGCUAUCUCCCACAGGCAUAUCUUCUUGGGCCAAAAAUUUAAAAAUUUCUCAGCCAUUUUCUGGCUCCCAAGAUGACUCAUCAAGUGGAAAUGCUGGGAAAUCAGCUUUUGCCCGCAUUACAAGUAAUUUGGGAAUGCGAUUGUCUCCAAAAUCUCCUGUGGCAGAUGACAAUUCCAAUGAACUAGCAGCACAAUCUAAUCUGUUUGGAACUAUCACAAAAGGCCUCGUUGACUCUUCAAAGAAUGCGGUGAAAGCUGUGCAGGUUAAAGCUCGACAUGUUGUUUCUCAAAAUAAACGCAGAUACCAGGAAGGUGGUUUUGAUUUAGAUAUGACAUAUAUCACAGAAAACAUUAUUGCAAUGGGGUUCCCUGCUGGUGAUAUGAGCUCUGGUUUUUUUGGUUAUGUUGAAGGAUUUUAUAGAAAUCAUAUGGAAGAAGUGAUUCAAUUUUUUGAGACUCACCAUAAGAAUAAAUACAAAGUAUAUAAUCUUUGUUUGGAGCGGCUGUAUGAUGCAUCAUUGUUUGAGGGGAAGGUGGCUAGCUUCCCAUUUGAUGACCAUAAUUGUCCACCAAUUCAACUGAUCAUAUCAUUUUGUCAAAGUGCUUACUCAUGGUUGAAAGAAGACAUUGAGAAUGUGGUGGUUGUCCACUGUAAGGCUGGAAUGGCCAGGACGGGGUUGAUGAUUUCCAGUCUUCUACUAUUCUUAAAGUUCUUCCCAACUGCUGAGGAGUCGAUGGAUUACUAUAAUCAGAAAAGAUGUGUUGAUGGAAAAGGACUUGUUCUGCCUAGUCAGAUUAGGUAUGUCAAGUAUUUUGAGCGGAUCUUGACUUACUUUAAUGGUGAAUGCCCACCUCCCCGCAGGUGCAUGCUUAGGGGAUUCCGGCUUCACAGAUGUCCUUACUGGAUCAGGCCCUCUAUAACCGUCUCAGAUCAUAGUGGUGUGCUGUUCUCAACCAAAAAGCAUCCAAGGACCAAGGAUCUUUUGUCAGAAGAUUUUUGGUUUGCUGCCCCAAAGAAGGGAGUGAUGGUCUUUGCUUUGCCGGGAGAACCUGGUCUCACAGAGUUGGCAGGGGACUUCAAAAUCCAUUUUCAUGAUCGUCAAGGAGAUUUUUACUGUUGGUUGAACACAACUAUGACAGAAAACAGGAAAAUUUUAAAUACCAGUGAUCUUGAUGGCUUUGACAAGAGAAAAUUGCCUUCUCCAGGGUUCCAGGUUGAGGUUGUGCUGGUGGAUCAUAAUGGCGAUGUUGUAACUUCCAAACAUGAAGUCACAAAGAAAUCAGAUGAGAGUUCGAGUGCCAGUCCUGCCCCAGUUGAGGCGAGCACCCCCGCACCAAAUGCAGACAAAGAGUCGGGGGAUGGAGAUCAUGACAAAGAUGAUGUAUUUUCUGAUGGUGAGGCCGAGCAUCCUGCUUCUUCAAGAAGCAAGCAAACAAAAGCACCUUCUGAAGCAGUUGACACAGUUGCAAGUAACACCAAAGAGUCUGAGGCAAACAAAAUAUCAAAUCAAAUAACAAAUAUAACGCAUGCAACAGAACAAGUUUCUUUGGGUAGCAAGAUCUCUAUGCCAAGUCAUAGUACUGGCGAGCCAAAAAGUGAUACGGGUGGAAGAACAGCGUCCAGUCUUGAUGUGCCCAGCUCAGAAAGUGAGUUUAAGGCCAUGGCUGCAGAUGCUUCUGUGUUUACAUUCGGAGAUGAUGAAGAUUACGAAAGUGAUUGAGGUUCAACAGGGUUACAUAAUGCUAUCUUUACACUUACAGAUUUGUACAUAAUAUUGCUUGCAACUUUGUAUUCAACAAUAUCAUGUUCAUCCAAUUGUUUGUUUGUUUGUUGUGAUGAUAAAUCUGGUGACCGUCACUUACAAUGCACUAAUUGAUAAUAAGAAUGUGCUGACUUUUCGGUAUUGAUUAGCCA